AUGUUACAACUCAAAAGUCUAAAUUCUGAUUCCAGUUCGGAUAAAGCAAGCUUACCAAAGUCUGGUAAAGAAAAAAGAAAAAAAUACUAUUGUCACGGUUCUCAGAAUAAAUUUAUGAACAAGAAGCAAAAAAAGGAAGUUCUCAAGAAAUUAUCAGGAUAUGAUGUGAAUAACGAUGAUUCAUCGGAUUCAUCAUCAGUAUUAUCAAGACGAUCAACAAAA